AUGGCCGGUCAACUGAAUGUCCAGAGGCUGGACUCGGUAUUCCGCACGCGGCCAGAUAUAUUAGAAUCUAUCCAUAAGGCUGCUGACUCACCCUCGCGAGUGCAGCUGUUUAAUAAGAUUGCCGAUUUUGUAUAUGAACAGAUCGGAAACCCGUCAUCUUCCGGGCCCGCUGCUAAGCGGCGGCGAGUCGACGUCGAGCCCUCCCAGAAUGGCAGCGCAUCGAAUGCCGCCACAGUCGCGACUUCCAUCGAUGAUGUCGCCAGCGAGGAUAUCCUGCUGGAAAUCAAGGAUAUAUCCAUCUCCAUUCCACAGCGAAAGAAGUUCGAGUUGUGCUUUACCUCUAAACAUAUAUAUGCCCGCGUCCCAGGCACGACUGCCCCCGUGCCCGGGAUCGUGUACGCCUGGAAGGAUAUCGAGUACGCUUUCUAUCUCCCUGUUCCCGAGAAGUCUCAGGUGCAGCAUAAUUACAUCCUCCUGCCGCAACAUUCUUACUUCAACCUGAAAUCCACAACACCAUCGGUAGAUCCUCUCGUUUUCACCGUCUCGGCCGGCGCGCCCAAACCAGGCUCUAUUGGCGGGCCGAAUGCGGGGGCGGCCUCUGCCGUGUCGGAUUCGUAUGCCACGCUAUUCCACUGGGCCAUAAACAAAUGUCUCAAGGCGGGAGGGGGAGACGUGCAAAUCGUCGCGGCGGACCCUUCGAAAUUCCACAGUAAGGUCCGGCAGCCGCACCGGCCCAAGGAGCCAGCCGUCCACGUCAAGGCGUUCCGGGGCUCGAAGGACGGAUACCUGUUCUUCCUAGAGAACGGAAUCCUGUGGGGAUUCAAGAAGCCGCUGAUGUUCAUACCGCUGGAAAAAAUUGCGGCCAUCAGCUACACAAACGUGCUACAACGGACGUUCAACAUGGUGGUCGAAGUCUUCUCAGGCGAAAACGGCGGCGACGAGGCGACGGAGGACCUCGAAUUCGCCAUGCUCGACCAGGAGGAUUACGGGGGCAUCAACGAGAGCUACGUCGCGCGCCACAAGCUCCAGGACCGGAGCAUGGCGGACCGGCGCAAGGCGAAGAAGGAGCUGGUAGAGAACGCGAAGGGCAAGAAGGGAGCGGACGAUGCCAACGGCGAGGGGCGGGAUGCUAACGGCCACGUCACCGAGGACGACGGUAUGACAGAGCUAGAGCGGGCGCAGAUGGAGGCCGAGAAACAGCUGCAGGAUGAGGAGGACGAGGAAGAGGAAGACUACGACCCGGGCUCCGACGGCGACAGCGACGGCUCGGGAACGAGCUCUGAGGGGGACGACGAUGACGACGACGACGACGGGGUCGAGGACGGGGGUGACGACGGUGAUGAGUGA